AUGAAAUCUAACCAAGCCAAAGGUUCAUCUAAACACACCGGUCGAGACAAGAACACCAAAUUAGGGAGUGUAAGCAGUGAAUUUGGAAGUCUCUCUAGUGAUGAAGUAGGGAGUGCAACUAGCGAAUUUGAAAGCGUUGCAAGUGAACGAGCGAGCUCAAGUAGUGAACAAGAAGAUAUCAUCAGCGAAGAGAGCAGCGAUGUUGAUAAAAAGGGAUUCCCCAAAGAAAAGACGACUCGUCAACCAGAUUAUCUUACCGAUGAAAAAGAGAGCGCAAUCAGUUCAAAAACGGAAAAUCCCCAAUCACAAACGAAGCUUGAUGCAACAGAGGCGACUAGCCUCAGUAAUCAACUAGGGACUAUAACCAGUGAAUUCGGAAGCUUAGGAAGUGAACCAGCAAGCUUAAGUAGUGAACAAGAUGAUGUCAUCUCCGAUGACAACACCAUUGUUGAAACCGACAAGAGGAACUUGUCUUCCCGUACAAAAAGGAAGACUAGUCAAUCAGAUUAUCUUACCGAUGAAAAAAGGGUUCGUAUCAGUCCACAAGGGAGCACAAAUAGCCAAAGCAGGGAAAAUCAACAAACGCGAGUGAAAUUUGAUGCAACAGGGAGCCUCACUAGUAGUCAACUAGGGUCUGCUACCAGUGAAUACGGAAGCCUAGGAAGUGAACCAGCGAGCCUAUAUAGUGACGAAGAAGCCCUCAUCUUUCCACAAGGAAGAAUAAUCUGCGAUCAAGAGGCCACCACUAGUAAAGACGACUGCUGCAUCUAUUCACGACUGAAGCGCAUCAGUGAAGAGAACAGUGCUAUCAGUGAAGAAGAGAUGCCCUGUAGAGAUCCCGUUUGUGGACAAAGUAACAUAACCUGUCAAAGAUGUGGGUUCACAUGUCCACAAGAGAACGUCAUCUGUCGAGAAACGUCCUACACUUGUACAGGGAAGGGGCCCGUUUGUGAACAAUUCGACAUAACCUGUCAAGAAUGUGGAUUCACAUACCCACAAGAGAACGUCAGCAGUAAACAAAAGUUUUGCAAUUGUGCAAACGUGGGCUUCGUUUGUGAACAAAACAAAAUGACCUGUCAACGGUGUGGCUUCACAAGCGCAAGAGAGAACGUCGUCCGUCAACCAAAGACCCAAAUUUGUGUAAGAAAGGACUACGUUUGUAAACAAAGCAACAUAACCGAUCAAUUACGGACCCCCAUUUAUGUAAAAAGGGGCCCAAUUAUUCCAGAAGACAGCGUCACUAGUAAAGAAAGACAGGUCAAACGUCAGCCUGAGAGCAUCACUGGUCAACAAGUAGACGUCGACAGUCGCCGAGAAAGCUCCACUAGUAAGGAACAAGAUGUCACCAAUCAGCAAGAGAGCAUCACUUGUCAAGAAGGAGAGGUCGACAGUAAACAAGAGGGCAUCACAAGUCAACAGGGGAUCGUCGACAGUCCACGAGAGAAUAUCACUAGUCAACAAUUAGACGUCGACAGUCAACGUGAGUUUAUCAGUAGUGAAGAAGGUGAUGUCAAAAGUCAGCGAGAGAGCAUUACUAGUCAAGAAGGUCUCAUCAACAGAAAGAGCAUCACUAGUCAACAAGAAACCGUCGACAGUCCUCGAGAGAGUGCCACUGGUCAACAAUUAGACGUUGACAGUCAACGAGAGGGCAUCAUUAGUGAAGACGGUGAAGUCAAACGUCCACGAGAGAGCAUUCCUAGUCAAGAAGGACGCAUCGACAGUAAACGAGGGAGCAUCACAAGUCAACAAGGAAUCGUCGACAGUCCUCGAGAGGACAUCACUAGUCAACAAUUAGACGUCGACAGUCAACGAGAGGGCAUCAUUGGUGAAGAAGGUGACGUCAAACGUCCACGAGAGAGCAUUACUAGUCAAGAAGGGCGCAUCGACAGUAAACGAGGGAGCAUCACAAGUCAACAAGCAAUCGUCGACAGUCCUCGAGAGGACAUCACUAGUCAACAAUUAGACGUCGACAGUCAACGAGAGGGCAUCAUUGGUGAAGAAGGUGACGUCAAACGUCCAAGAGAGAGCAUUCCUAGUCAAGAAGGACGCACCGACAGUAAACGAGGGAGCAUCACAAGUCAACAAGGAAUCGUCGACAGUCCUCGAGAGGACAUCACUAGUCAACAAUUAGACGUCGACAGUCAACGAGAGGGCAUCAUUGGUGAAGAAGGUGACGUCAAACGUCCAAGAGAGAGCAUUCCUAGUCAAGAAGGACGCAUCGACAGUAAACGAGGGAGCAUCACAAGUCAACAAGGAAUCGUCGACAGUCCUCGAGAGGACAUCACUAGUCAACAAUUAGACGUCGACAGUCAACGAGAGGGCAUCAUUGGUGAAGAAGGUGACGUCAAACCUCAACGAGAGAGCAUUCCUAGUCAAGAAGGACGCAUCGACAGUAAACGAGGGAGCAUCACAAGUCAGCAAGGAAUCGUCGUCAGUCCUCGAGAGAGCAUCACUAGUCAACACUUAGACGUCGACAGUCAACGAGUGGGCAUCAUUGGUGAAGAAGGUGACGUCAAACGUGAACCAGAGAGCAUCACUGGUCAAGAAGGACGCAUCGACAGUCAACGAAAGAGCAUCACAAGUCAACAAGAAACCGUCGAGAGUCCUCGAGAGAGUGUCACUGGUCAACAAUUAGACGUUGACAGUCAACGAGAGGACAUCAUUGGUGAAAAAGGUGACGUCAAACGUCCACGAGAGGGCAUUCCUAGUCACGAAAGAGGCAUUGACAGUUACUGGAAGAACAUCACUAGUGAAAGAGACGUUGACAGUCCACGAGAGUGCAUCAAUUGUCAACAAAGAAGCAUUAAAAUACAACGAGAUAUUGCCACUAGUCAAGGAGACGUCAUCAGUCAGCAAGAAGGAUACGUAAAAAUUCAACGAGAGGGCAUCAGUACUCAAAACGAAGCCGUCAAAAGUCAACGAGAGAGUAUUACUUAUCAAGGAGACGUCGACAGUGAACGAGAAAUCAUCUCUAGUCAAGGAAUCCUCAAAUAUCCGCGAGAGAGCAUCAGUAGUCAACCAGGGGUGUGCAUCACUAGUCAACAAGGAGAGAGCUUCACUAUUCAUGAAGGAUACGGGAUAAUUCAACGAGAGAGAAUCACUAGUCAAAAAGAGACUAUUCCCGUUCAUCAAGAGACCCACACCAUUGAAGAUGGAUGCUUAUACAGUGCACAUCAGCAAGCCAGACCCGUCAGUCAAGAAAGAUGCUUAAACAGCCAAGCAAUCUACAUCGACGAUCAAGCCCGACACAUCUGUCAACAAGCUAUAUUCACCAAUCAGAAUAAAGAGAAAAGCCCCAGCCGUUCAGAAAGUAGCCUCAGUAGUGAAAAAGGAAGCGCUGCCAGUCUAGAAGAGAGCAGGAGUACCAGCCAAGAAGACCUUGCCAAUCAAGAUGGAGCCAUUCUCAGUGAACAAAGGCAUAUAACCAUUCAAAAGGUGAACCCCAUCAACAAACGAAUGAAACCUAUUUGUCAAUGUGCGGAUAUACCUAAGAUACGAAUGAAUAUAGGUACUCAGCAGGCGAGCCUCAGAAAUCAACAGGGUCAUUUCACGAGUCAAAAACGAUGCUCAGUUUGUCAGCAAGAAAGUCGUCCCAUAUACCGAGUCAUCCCCUGCAACCGACAUGUGAACCAUCAAAUAAACAUCACCAAAUCAAACAAAUGCUUUACCAACCAACUAAGUAACUUCAGUCAACAAGCGGACCAUAGUAACGAAUAUCAGAACCUUAUCAAUCAUCAACGGAGCCUCACCAGCCAUCAACAGAGCCUCUCUAGCCAACGAAAUAGUCUCGUUAAGCAAGAGAUGGCCUUCUCCGAUCUAAUGCAAAACCCCUUUACCAAACAAAGGACACUUACGUCCCCACCGGAUUUCUACACAAAAGAACAUUGUAUCCAGUAUAGGAGCCACCCCAAAGAGCAGAUCUUCCGUACUGGGCAACAAGAGUGUGCCAGCUGUCGACAGGUGGGCCUCAGCUCACAAGAGAGGAACAACAGCCAAUGUGUAUGUCACACCAGCAAGCACGUGUGCCAUGACAACAAACAACAUUACCACAUCAGGCAUCAAGGUGGCCUUACUAGGCCACGAGUCGUCCCCAACAGACUAAAAGGAUGUCAUUUUUGCAAUCAACAGGUCGCUGCUUCUGCAAGUACUGGAAAUUCAGGGUUCAAGACACGAUGCUUACCGGCCACUAUGUGUGUCCCACCAGUAAGGAAAGGGCCGUGCCAGAUAACAAGUAUCGAGGUUCAUCAUUCAAUGAAGAAACCUCAGUAG